AUGAAAAAUUCACGCAAACUAUUCAUCUUUUUGGUUUUCCACCUUUCAGUAUUUGGGAAAUGUGCCCCUCAAUUUCGUCGAUUUCCAGUGCGGGAUUGCGACAUUUUAUUCAAGAACUUCGGCGACCAUGAGCUGGAAAUGAACGUCAACCGCGUACUUUCUAAUAUGGUACAAAAGAUUAGGCAUAGUCCCAAUUACUACGCUUUCGACGUUGCUCGCAGUGAUUCAAAUGCAAUCUAUGGCCACGCUCAGUGCCGAGGGGACAUUACACGGAAGAACUGUUCGGCAUGCGUUUUAGAAGCGACACGUAGAAUAAAAAAGGAUUGCCCUUUUUUUUCCCGAGCGGAAAUUUGGUACGACCUUUGCUUCCUUCGCUACGAUUCCACAAAUUUUCUUAAGGGGGUAGUCAAGGGUCCCGUCCAUGGUUGGAUUGCAGAAAAUGCCGUCUUUUAUUGGAAGUAUGAGUCUGAAUACGUGGGAACCGUGAAGAAAGUAUUGACAAUGGCUACCAUGAAAGCGAUGACAGCAUCUAAUAGGUUUGGAGCAAUGGCAGGUCUUGAUUUACUGAACCACAUAACAAUCUUUGGAAUGGUCCAGUGCACGGGAGAUCUCCAACCGUUAGAAUGCAACUACUGCAUUAAUUUAUUGACGAAGGCUAUUAUGAGUGAUAAUAUUUUACGAAGUUGUGGUGGCGGAACCGGCCCAUAUUGCCAAUUGCUUGCUGCCAGCUUAUUUGGGAAAUGUGCCCCUCAAUAUCGUCGAUUUCCAGUGCGGGAUUGCGACAUUUUAUUCAAGAACUUCGGCGACCAUGAGCUGGAAAUGAACAUCAACCGCGUACUUUCUAAUAUAGUACAAAAGAUUAGGCAUAGUCCCAAUUACUACGCUUUCCACAUUGCUCGCAGUGAUUCAAAUGCAAUCUAUGGCCACGCUCAGUGCCGAGGGGACAUUAAACAGAAGAACUGUUCGGCAUGCGUUUCAAAAGCGACACGUAGAAUAAAAAAGGAUUGCCCUUUUUUUUCCCGAGCGGAAAUUUGGUACGACCUUUGCUUCCUUCGCUACGAUUCCACAAAUUUUCUUAAGGGGGUAGUCGGCAGUCCCAUCCAUGGUUGGAUUGCAGAAGAUGCCGUUUUUUAUUGGAAGUAUGAGUCUGAAUACGUAGGAACCGUGAAGAAAGUAUUAACCAUGGCUACCAUGAAAGCGAUAACAGCAUCUAAUAGGUUUGGAGCAAUGGCAGGUCUUGAUUUACUGAACCACCUAACAGUCUUUGGAAUGGUCCAGUGCACGGGAGAUCUCCAACCGUUAGAAUGCAACUACUGCAUUAAUUUAUUGACGAAGGCUAUUAUGAGUGAUAAUAUUUUACGAAGUUGUGGUGGCGGAACCGGCCCAUAUUGCCAAUUGCUUGCUGCCAGCUGUAUGUUGAGAUAUCAGAUUUCUAAUUUUCUCGCUAGUCCUAUUGGCCCUAUUCAUCUUUAA